AUGAUAGAUAACGGCGAUACCGCCUGGGUGCUCACUUCGUCCGCCCUGGUCUUUAUCAUGGUCCCGGGGCUGGCAUUCUUUUACGCCGGACUUGUCCGGGGCAAAAACGCGCUCAGCACCCUGUUGCAGUCCUUUAUUGCUCUCGCAAUAGUGGGACUGACCUGGAUACUGUUUGGUUACAGCCUCUCCUUUGGCCCCGACGUGGGCGGCUUUGGCUUCAUCGGCAACCUGGAAUGGGCGGGGCUUCACGGUGUUUCCGCCACCGAGGCUGGCCCGUACGCCGAGACGAUUCCGCACCAGGCCUUCAUGGUGUUUCAAGCCAAGUUCGCCAUCAUCACACCGGCGCUGAUCGCCGGGGCCUUCGCCGAGCGCAUCAAGUUCAGCACCUUCGUCAUCUUCGUGGUGGCCUGGUCAACCAUCGUAUACACGCCGCUGGCCCACUGGAUGUGGGGAUCGGGAGGGUGGCUGGGAGAGGCAGGCGCACUGGACUUCGCCGGUGGCGCGGUCGUGCACGUCAGUUCCGGGGCAGCGGCCCUCGCGGCGGCCCUCAUCUUCGGCAGGCGCUUGGGGUUCGGUCAAAUGGAAAUGGCACCCCACAACGUGCCCUUCGUAGUUCUGGGUGCCUCGCUCCUGUGGUUUGGCUGGUUUGGCUUCAAUGCCGGAAGUGAACUGGGCUCAGCCGGCAGAGCUACCUCCGCCUUCGUAGUUACGCACAUAUCGGCGUCAACCGCCGCGGUGGUGUGGGUCUCCCUGGACUGGAUGAUUAAUCGAAGACCCAGCGUCGUUGGAGCCGCGACCGGAGCAGUUGCAGGUCUGGCCACUAUCACUCCCGCCUCCGGCUUCGUGGGACCCAUGCCCGCGGUGGUUAUUGGGCUGGGUGCUGGGGCCCUUUGUUACACCGCCGUCUGGGUCAAGACCCGCGUGAGGCUUGACGACUCCCUCGACGUUUGGGCUAUUCACGGGGUGGGCGGAAUUUGGGGCAUGCUGGCCGCCGGCCUAUUCAUUGGCGUCGGCUUCAUGACCUUGGGCGAACUCACCGACCUGAGCAGGGGCAGACAGGUCUUGAUGCAAUUGAUGGCCAUCGGCGCGUCCUUUGGCUGGGCGUUCGUCACAACUUUGGGAAUUCUGGUUGUGCUGAAGUACACCAUAGGUUUGCGAGUCGACGAGCGGCAGGAAGAGGAGGGACUGGACCUCUCCCAACACGGCGAGGAAGCGUACGAUACGAGACCACAAUAA